UUUCACCACCCUCCACCCAACAAAAUUUCAAUCUAGAGAAUCAGUCAAUCAGUCCUUCAAGCGUGUUUUAAUGUUUCAAUUCUUAAGAGAAAAAUAUUCUGUAAGUUGAAAUUACUAAAUUAUUUGUUAAUUUGUCAUAUUUUUGGGAUAUAUUUAAAGUUACGUAAUAAGAUUGAUUUGAUUGUAAUUGAGGAUCAUGAAAGUAAUCAUUUUGAGCAGUGAAGCAUAAGGUAUAAAAAUGAAGACCAGAUGAAGAAAAUUCUAGUAGCCUAUCGUGGAUAUUCUAAUACGAGGUAUUACCGUAAUAUUGGUAAACAUCCAUACUCUACUAAUCUCUACUGAUUCGCGUGAAUUUAUGAGUAAAUUCGAUUGAUUCCCUAGGAAACCCUGGUAACUACAAAGCUAUUUUAAUUUCAAGUAGUCUUUGUCUUAUAUUAUUUCAGAAAGACUUUUGCCGUAUAUUGUUUCAAAAUGUGUGCAGAAAAGUAUUUGAGCAACAACAAAAGUGCGCUAUUCUCAGUUGAAGAUGAUGUCGAUGAUGAUGAAUUUCUGAGGCGUCCGGCCAAUAGUGGCAAUCCGCCUACCAGUGUAGCAAGCAGUAGCAGUGACCAUCAGCGGCUGGAAGGGAGGCGUUUAGAACUGCUGCAGCAACAGAAAGAGACAGAACAAAGGAGCGUCGAAUCCACCCAACGAUCUCUGAGUUUGUUAAGAAACUCUGAACAAAUAGGGAUCGCCACUGCCGAAGAACUGAUGAAACAACGCGAACAGCUGGAAAGAACAGAUAAGCGUCUCGACGAUAUCAAUGUAAUGCUGAGAGCCAGUCAUCGGCACAUCGAAGGAAUAAAAAGUGUAUUCGGUAGUUUCAAGAAUUAUUUACAAGGCAAAAAAGACGCCCCCACACCGGAAAAGUCCAUCACGGCGGAAGCAGAAGCCCGUCAAAGUCCCAGCAACCUCUCCCAGACACUGUCUGCCUCGGCGUCCGCCUCCAAGUUGACACAAGACGACCAUCCUGGCCUCAGGAUCAAGGGACUCGGCAGUGAUGACGAACUGCGCAAUCGACCUGAGAACCCGCGACAAGUUAUUGAUGAAAACCUUGACGAAAUGGUCUCCUCGCUCUCUCGAUUGAAGGGCCUUGCCCGCGGUCUGGGAGAUGAGAUUGAGUCCCAGAACGAUCUCAUUGAUAAGAUCUUGCCCAAAGUUGAUAGAAGUGAUAUCACAUUGGAGAGACAGAACAAAGAUAUGAAACGCCUUCUCAAAUGAAGCUAAGGUUUAUCUGGAACAGCAGUUGUUGGAACACGGACUAUUGUUUGCGAUUGUUAUUUAGGCUAGAUCGAAUUUCCAUUGUUAUCUGAUACUCAUUCAAAAAUAAGCUGUGUACUGUCAAGGUCUAUCCAACUUAAACAGGAAAAGUUCUUAUUAAUUGCCCAAUCUUAAUUGGCACAGUACAAGUAUAUCCAAUUUUGAUAUUUCCUCAUAAAGUAAAUGUAUUGCAAUAUACAUUGCCAUUGCAAGUGAUUAAGGCCCUUAUGCAGAUACUCGGUUUAAACGGAGAAAUGCCAGCUGUUCUUUAAAACUUCAUAUGAAACACAUUAUAAUAAAUGCAAUCAUAUCUACAAGUAAUCGUUGUUUAGCGUUGAACGUAGUGUUAGCAUAUGGCCCUUAGUCAUUCAAAAUCUUUCCAAAUUAUGGUGAUAUCUAGAAUUUUUACAAGUCCUAAUAAAAUCAGCAUGUCGAAAUUUAUUUACGUACCGGUAUUCAAGAUGAAUGGAUAUAUUGAAUAUUGGAUCAAUGCUGCCCAAUGAAUCCAUGUUUUUAAUUUUAUCCUAUCAUAGUUUAUUGCAUGUAUAUUAUUACUGUGUAUUGAUUGCUAAGCUUAUGUGUGUAUGUGAUUACAGCUGUAAGACAUCGAAUGAAAAAUGUUAUUGAAUAUGCAUUCCAUCUAUAGUAAGAGCAUCGUUAAUAAUAAUGUUUAAUCAGAUCUUCCAAAUUGUGUGCAUGAGCUAUAAAAAUCUACAUUGAACUAUCUUAUAUAAUAAUUUCAAGUUUCUUCAAUGUAUCACGAGUUGAUUUUUUAUUAGGAAUGAUGCUAAGCAGACUACUAUGAAUUGAAUUUUUUAAUUCGAAGGAAGAUUGCUAAGCAAUUGUUUAGGUUAAUAAAUUUCGAAAGAUGGCUUUCAUGGUUGGCGCAUGUAGAUGAGUCCAUAAAUUUUCGUUACUCUGUCUAAUAAUUGAUAUAACUUCCGAAUUGGAAUAUACUGUAUUCCCUAUUUUAUAGGUGGUGCACCAAUUCGGAAGUUACAUCAAAUAUAGUUACUAUUAGAUUUUGUAAAACUUUAAAGUUGAAAAACACUCACAUUCUUUGAUGUGGCGACGUCCGUUGUUUUUUCACUUUAGAGUUUUACAUUUAAUAGUAAUAAUAAUAAUAAUAGUGAAAACAAGAUGGAUAACCAACAUCAAAUAUAGUAUAUGGGAGCGAGAAAAUACUGAAUAGUUUACAGUAUAAAAUACAAUUUUAUGCAUAUUGUAGUGUUUUUUGCUUCCAUAGCACAACAACUUACCUUCAUUCUUAUUGAUUGAAGGCUACUUUAUUAAUUUUCAAAAUAUAUUUAUUUAGUUCUUUAUUCUAGAAGAAAAUUCACAAUAUUGUUCGUAUUUUAUAUUUUUUAAAUGCAUCAGUUUAACUGUCUCUUAACAGAAGAAUUUUCAGUGAAAUUCUAAAUUAUAAAAAACACUCUUCUCUUUCAUUCUGUUCUAUGGUUAUGACUCUUCUCUCUUUUGCUAUUUUGAAACAGAAAAUCUGUCUGGUCGUAUUAUUGAAUAAACGAGAAUAUAAUUUUCCUCUCUUCUUCUCUCUCAUUCUGUUCUUUGGUUUUGACUCUUCUCUCUUUUGCUAUUUUGAAACAGAAAAUCUGUCUCGUCGUAUUCUAUACUUGAAUAAACGAGAAUAUAAUUUCCAAUAACUGGCAAUAACUUUUUAUCACACCUUUUUUCUUCCUCAAAAUAUUACUGAAAUUGAAGCAUGAAAGAUGUUUGUGCUUUCUACUUGUAUUUUAGAUAGUAGAGUAAUCUUAUUUUCCAUGUCAUUUCAGUUAUAAAUGGAUGAUAAUAUUCUGUUUGUAAAUUAGAAUGCUUGAAUUCUAUAUUCAAUAUUUGUAAUUAUAAAUGGUUGAUAAUAUCCUGUUUGUAAAUUAGAAUGCUUGAAAUCUACAUUCAAUAUUGUAAGCUCAACAUUUUAAAUUUUAAACAAGAUAUGAGUCCGGUAAUAGAUUAAUGUUGACUUGAUAGUUAUUGUUUUCUCUAGAAUGGUAUUAUUGGAUCGGGUCCUUCGCAACAGUCCUUGACUUGUAUUCACAGCAAUAAUUUUGGAUCAAUAUUCUCUUCUCAAAUAUUUUAUUGUGAUAGGUAGUGCUAUUCCUUCAAGAGAGUCGUUUUACAAUAAUAUUGAUGAUCAUUUAUGUACUCGUAGUUGAGUUAGGUUUUUACAAUAGUAUCGUACCUUAUAUUCACAUGUUGAUAUUUUAAUUUUUAUUAUUUGUUAUAGUUUUUUAGUUUAUGUUUCAGAUUGGUUGCGUGUGUUAUUUAAUUUACUAUAACAACAAAAUGAAAUUUAGAAGACUCUGCUCUUUUUUAUAAAUCAGGAGUUUUUCACUUACAAAUUAUUAAUGACCUUUUUCGUAUGAUGAGCAAUUCUAUAGAGCCCAAAUAUUUCAAUCAUCAAUCAAUGCGCCAGUCGUUUGUCUGUUAUGUGAUCAGUAAUUCUUAUUUUAAUAUUGUUCUCGGCUCUGGUUUACCAAUCUGUCAAUAAAAAUUAGAUUCCCUAAUUAUUUCCAAGCAAAUCACAUUAAUAGUAGAAACUAUGUAUGCUUAAUUCAAUCAUCAUUCAUUAAUGUUAUUAGAUCAAUCAAUAAAUCGAUGUUAGUAACAAAGAAGAAACAAAUGUUUGUUCUUUCACUGUCUGUUAUUAUAUUUUCUCAUUUAUCCAUGAGAAUAUAAUAUCUAUUAAUAAAAUUGGUGUCCAUUUUGCCAUCAAACUAUCAAUGUGAUAAUUUUUGUGAAAAAUAUGUGUAAUUUUUGAAAAUAAAAAUAUCAAUAUAUAUUUUAUCAAGUGUCAAAUG